AUGACUGCAACCGAAGGAGAUGUUGUAGAUAAAGGGUCAUCAUUGAAACCUAAGUCACUUCUGGGGAUCCGACAUGUUCAGAUGGUUCUACUAUUUUUGGCGAUGCUCUUCGCUUACGCCAUGAGAGUCAACAUGAGUAUGGCUAUUGUCGCCAUGACAGAUAGUAAUAAUGAAAACAGCUUUGACUGGAGUAUGCAGACACAGAGCGUGAUCCUCUCUUCGUUCUUUUGGGGAUACAUCGUCUUGCAGAUCCCGGCUGGUGAGAUGGCUGCCAAGUUUGGAGGAAGCAUACUUAUCACUAUAGUUAUUGCUGGCAAUUCAACAAUUUCAUUAUUGAUUCCUUUGGCUGCGUAUUAUGGAGGAUGGCAAGCUGUCUGCGCUUGCCGUGUCUUACAAGGACUUACACAAGGGUUUUUAUUCCCGUCAAUGCACAAUCUGAUAGGAAAAUGGGUUCCAUUGGAGGAAAAAAGUCGUUUAGGAACUUUCAUAUAUGCUGGCGCUCAACUCGGUACAGCUCUUCAAUUGCUCGUAUCAGGUUUCUUAGCUGACUAUUGGGGUUGGUCAGCUAUUUUCUAUGUAAAUGCAGCUUUAGGUGCUAUAUGGACAGCAGCUUACAUCAUACUUGGUUCUGAUAGCCCCCAAAAAUCAAGGAUGAUCAGCGAUGAAGAAAAACUGUAUAUCCAAACUUCACUAGGACAAGUGGGAGUACAAAAGAAACUGAAUACUCCCUGGAAAAUAAUAUGGACUUCUCUGCCGUUCUACGCUUUGAUAGUUGCGCACUGUGGACAAAACUGGGGCUUUUGGACGCUGAUGACCGAAAUGCCUUCAUAUAUGAAGCAAAUCCUUGAAGUCGAUAUUAAAGCGAAUGGGGUCAUGUCAGCUCUUCCGUACCUGGCAAUGUUUCUGCUAGGUUUCCCCUUUGGAUUCAUAUCGGAUUAUGUUAUCAAGAAGAAGUGGGUCAACAUCAGCGCUGCAAGGAAAAUAUCUAAUACCAUUGGUCAAUGGGGUCCUGCUUUCGCUUUAAUAGGUUUGUCAUAUGUGCCUGCGGGUAACGUCACUCUAGUCGUGGGACUACUAACAAUUGUCGUGGGGCUAAAUGCUGGUCAUUAUACUGGAUAUUUGCUCGUACAUAUUGAUAUGGCACCAAACUUUGCUGGUACUAUGAUGGGCAUCACCAACUUCUUUGCCAAUAUUGUUUCUAUCAUAUCACCACUCAUUGCUGGACUUAUAUUACAAGACGAGACGGAUCUCUAUCAGUGGCGUCUAGUGUUCUAUGUAUCAUCAGCAAUAUACAUUGGUGCAAAUCUAUUUUUCAUAAUAUUUGCCACCAGUGAGAGACAGUCAUGGAACGAGCCCAAUGAGGCUGAUGAGGCGAUCGAGAAAAAGACAGAAAAAGUUGUAUGA